GGUGGUAUUGCCACUGUGAAUUGUGGGCAUUGUCACCCUGAUGUGGUUAAGGCCAUCAUUGACCAAACGAACAGAUUACAGCACUCCACUAUUCUCUACCUUAAUCAUGCAAUUGCUGAUUUUGCUGAGGCACUAGCCUCAAAGUUACCCUGUGAUCUCAAGGUUGUAUUCUUUACAAAUUCAGGGACAGAAGCAAAUGAAUUAGCCAUGAUGAUGGCAAGAUUGUACACAGAUUGUCAUGAUAUCAUAUCACUGAGGAAUGCAUACCAUGGAAAUGCUUCCGGGACUAUGGCCGCCACUGCACAAAGCAAUUGGAAAUUCAAUGUUGUGCAGAGUGGAGUUCAUCAUGCCAUGAAUCCAGACCCAUAUAGAGGUCUAUUUGGUGCAGAUGGUGAAAAAUAUGCACACGAUGUUCAAGAUCUAAUUCAGUUCGGAACUUCUGGCCGUGUUGCUGCUUUUAUUUCUGAAGCUAUACAGGGUGUUGGCGGAAUAAUGGAGUUAGCUCCGGGCUAUUUGCCUGCUGUAUAUAAUAUCAUCAGAAAAGUAGGAGGUCUCUGUAUUGCGGAUGAGGUUCAGUCUGGGUUUGCUCGCAUCGGGAGCCAUUUCUGGGGAUUUGAAGCCCAUGAUGUUGUUCCAGACAUAGUUACAAUGGCAAAGGGGAUUGGAAAUGGAAUUCCCCUCGGCGCUGUAGUAACUACUCCUAAAGUUGCUGAGGUAUUGACUCGUCGAUGUUACUUCAACACCUUUGGAGGAAACCCUGUAUGUACUGCUGCAGGGCAUGCUGUUCUCAAAGUGAUUAUGAGGGAAAAACUUCAGGAGAAUUCUCAUGUCGUUGGUUCCUACUUGAAAGAGCGCCUCAAUGAUCUCAAAUCCAAACAUGAAAUCAUUGGUGAUGUAAGAGGACGAGGAUUGAUGCUUGGGGUCGAACUAGUCACUGACCGUCAACUAAAAACUCCUGCAAAGGUCGAAAUUCUGCAAGUGAUGGACCAAAUGAAAGAUAUGGGAGUAUUGGUCGGCAAAGGUGGUUUCUACGGAAAUGUGUUCAGACUUACACCUCCACUGUGCUUCAGUAAGGAGGACGCCGACUUUCUUGUGGAUGUUAUGGACUAUGCAAUGACGAAAUUAUGAAGUUUCCAUCAAAUUCGCGGCAGAACAACUCCUCCAUCUCUCAUUUGAAGAACAAAUAUCGUAUGAUGUAAUUUGAAACAUUCAUAUCAUUAUUCAUCAAAUGUAUUGUUAAAACUUACUUCUAUAUAUCUUAGUUCACAAUGAAUACUUGAUGCGGAAAAUAUAAACCUACUUUUCAUGUUUUC